AACAGCAGCUACAAGCAGAACACCACCAACACAGUCAGACUAAACCACCAUGGAUUGACACUCAAUCCCCAAUCCAACCCUAGCACCCAAACUCCACCUAGCCUGUCAGAAAUCAAUCCCUAAUCCAACCCUAGCACCCAAACUCCACCUAGCCUGUCAGAAAUCAAUCCCCAAUCCAACCCUAGCACCCACACUCCACCUAGCCUGUCAGAAAUCAAUCCCUAAUCCAACCCUAGCACCCACACUCCACCUAGCCUGUCAGAAAUCAAUCCCUAAUCCAACCCUAGCACCCACACUCCACCUAGCCUGUCAGAAAUCAAUCCCUAAUCCAACCCUAGCACCCACACUCCACCUAGCCUGUCAGAAAUCAAUCCCUAAUCCAACCCUAGCACCCACACUCCACCUAGCCUGUCAGAAAUCAAUCCCCAAUCCAACCCUAGCACCCACACUCCACCUAGCCUGUCAGAAAUCAAUCCCUAAUCCAACCCUAGCACCCACACUCCACCUAGCCUGUCAGAAAUCAAUCCCUAAUCCAACCCUAGCACCCACACUCCACCUAGCCUGUCAGAAAUCAAUCCCUAAUCCAACCCUAGCACCCACACUCCACCUAGCCUGUCAGAAAUCAAUCCCUAAUCCAACCCUAGCACCCACACUCCACCUAGCCUGUCAGAAAUCAAUCCCCAAUCCAACCCUAGCACCCACACUCCACCUAGCCUGUCAGAAAUCAAUCCCUAAUCCAACCCUAGCACCCCACACUCCACCUAGCCUGUCAGAAAUCAAUCCCUAAUCCAACCCUAGCACCCACACUCCACCUAGCCUGUCAGAAAUCAAUCCCUAAUCCAACCCUAGCACCCACACUCCACCUAGCCUGUCAGAAAUCAAUCCCUAAUCCAACCUUAGCACCCACACUCCACCUAGCCUGUCAGAAAUCAAUCCCUAAUCCAACCCUAGCACCCACACUCCACCUAGCCUGUCAGAAAUCAAUCCCUAAUCCAACCCUAGCACCCACACUCCACCUAGCCUGUCAGAAAUCAAUCCCUAAUCCAACCCUAGCACCCACACUCCACCUAGCCUGUCAGAAAUCAAUCCCCAAUCCAACCCUAGCACCCACACUCCACCUAGCCUGUCAGAAUUCAAUCCCCAAUCCAACCCUAGCACCCACACUCCACUAGCCUGUCAGAAAUCAAUCCCUAAUCCAACCCUAGCACCCACACUCCACCUAGCCUGUCAGAAAUCAAUCCCCAAUCCAACCCUAGCACCCACACUCCACCUAGCCUGUCAGAAAUCAAUCCCCAAUCCAACCCUAGCACCCACACUCCACCUAGCCUGUCAGAAAUCAAUCCCCAAUCCAACCCUAGCACCCACACUCCACCUAGCCUGUCAGAAAUCAAUCCCUAAUCCAACCCUAGCACCCACACUCCACCUAGCCUGUCAGAAAUCAAUCCCUAAUCCAACCCUAGCACCCACACUCCACCUAGCCUGUCAGAAAUCAAUCCCUAAUCCAACCCUAGCACCCACACUCCACCUAGCCUGUCAGAAAUCAAUCCCCAAUCCAACCCUAGCACCCACACUCCACCUAGCCUGUCAGAAAUCAAUCCCUAAUCCAACCCUAGCACCCACACUCCACCUAGCCUGUCAGAAAUCAAUCCCUAAUCCAACCCUAGCACCCACACUCCACCUAGCCUGUCAGAAAUCAAGUGGAGCGGUUACCACAUUGCCACCUAUCCAACAUUUUAUUUUUAUGGCUUUCUGUUGGAGCUAUGAUCACUCCAAGUACCCGCUGUUCUGGGUCCUCGGCGUAGACAUAACCCUGUCACUCUCUGCCCCUCAUGACACAGGCCCGACACACAGUCGGACUGCAACGCCUCAAGGGGCAGAUCCUCCUAGCCAAUGUUUUAUCUUCACGAAGUGCCAAGGGGUAGGGUUAGGAAUUGAAAAAAACGAUGUGGUUGAAUGACAAACAGAUGAAUCUAGAUAGAGAAAAAGACAGAGAUAGAGGGAGACUGUUUCAAAAACAGAGAGAAAAAGUGUGAGUCUGUCAGACUGAUACUGACCUUGCAUAGAACUCUCCCCGGCUGGGGUGUUGCUCUGUGGUGGUGGAGAGUCCAUCUGGUCUUCCACACGGGGAGGGGUUACCUCUGUAGUAGUAGCAGUCUCAGCUAGGACCACGGGGGCAACAGUCACCUGGACGGCAACAGGGGCGGGCAUUGGUGUCACGGCAACAGGGGCGGGCAUUGGCGUCACGGCAACGGGGGCGGGCAUUGGCGUCACGGCAACGGGCGUUGGCGUCACGGCAACGGGGGCGGGCGUUGACGUCACGGCAACAGGCGAUGCCGUCACGGCAACAGGCGAUGCCGUCACGGCAACAGGCAUGGGUUUAGGCACGGGUGCCUCCCUCUGUAAGUGGGCCAUCUCAGGCUCAGCGAUGGGGCUGACGUCACACUCCGACGACUCUGCAGACACCUUCUCAGGGUCCUGUGGGCUGGGGAGAGGCAGGCCGUUGGGCAGCCUGAGCUCCUCUGGCUGGGCGAUGGGAGACUCCAGCGGGGGUUUUGCUGCCUGGGGGGAGGGCAAGGUGAUGGACAGGGCUGAUGGCUCCUCCUCCUCGGCUCGGGGAGGCUGGGUGGCAGACACACUGUUAGUGCUGCUGCUUGGGGUGGUCACUGGAGCAAGGGAAGGCUCAGGUUUGGAUGAUGUAGUCACCUCCUCCCUAGCCUUCGCCACCUCCUCUUUAAUCUCCUUCUCCUCCUCCCGAGCCUCCUUGGCGGCUGAGGGCUGCUCCUCGGCUGCAGGAGUGGGGCGGGGUUCAGGCAGGGGCGCAGGGUAAGCGGGCACUUCAGGGGCAGAUGGGGCUGGAGCAGCGGCCGGGGCUGGUGCGUCCAUCACGUCUGCAACGGGACUAGUUGAGGGUGGGGGGGUGGGUAGGUCCUGGGGUAAGGAAGGGGAGUUACUGUCCGUGUCUGGGGGUUUGACCUCUGUAGGGGCAGGGGCAGUCUUGACCAGUUCAGGGGUUUUAGACGGGGCUGGGGGGCCAGUGAUGAGAGUGGCUGCAGGUUUCCCUCGGUCAUCUGAGGAGGAAAGGCGAUGACGAGGAAAAACCAUGAGAGGGCCUGCUUAACCAUUACCUUUCUAGGGUGAAUUUAAAAGACUCAAGUGGCCCAUAGUACCAUACUAAUGUUAAAAUUUACCCUCAUAUCUGUUGAUCAUCUUUUGAUAAUUACCCACUUAUUAUCAAUCCGUCAUUAAAUGGCCAAAAUGCAUGGGUCCUUUCCAAAAGGAGCAUUUUGCCGGUCUAUGCGAUUUAGUCAAAUUCACGAAAAAUGACUUCUAUAUACUGGAUGGGUAUGGCCAGCUACAUCCUUCAAGAUUACCUGACCCCUCGGCCAACUCACCUGGUCUGACGACGACAGGUGUCACGUUCUCACCGUUGGCCUGGGCAACGGCUGGGCCCUCUGAUCCAGAUAUAGAUGACUAAAGGAGGGACAGAACACCACAACACACAGACAUUAGAUAACUAGAGUGGACACAACCUUAUGAAGGUUAGAUACAAUGUCAAAUAUGAAAACAAAAUGUCUGCCCAUUCAGAGACAUGACUGUAUGGUAGGUAAAGGUGUGUAAAGGGAUGAUAGUUGGUGACGAGAGUAUGGUAGCUCACCUCUGAAGAGUCGUCGCUCACCUGUGGGGGUGUGGGGGUGGCACCACUGCGGGUGCCCCCUGACAUAAUCUCCUCAGUGAUGUCUUUACCACCCUGGUUAGGGUCUCGUAUUAUGAUCUAUAGAGAGGACACAAGACAACAGUGAGGGAUACAAGAAGAAGAAUAUAGAAAAAGAGAGAGAAUGCAGGAGAGCCAUCGAGAAAAACUUGUUACUUGCUCUUGCUUCAGUCCCUUUCUAUAGGAGAGCAAAAAAGAGUGAGAAAUAGCCAGAGUAAAGGAGAGAGGGGGUGAGUUUAGUGGGAGGAAGAAGCUGGAGAAGAGCUGCUACAACUAACUGCUUUCUAUGAUGCAAGGCCCUGUUUCCAACUGUGCCAAGUCUUCUGUGUUGUACUGUAGGGCUGUGGCCUAGCAGCGUCUUCUCAAUCAGCAGAGCUACAUUUCUCACAUACUGACACAAGAAACACCAACCCCACAAAGCUAUGCAGCCUGAGAAACCCAUUUCUACACAGAUUGCUGCCUUGUUUUUGUGAAUUCUUCCAACAAAAUUUGACUACGGACAAACUCAACUUCAGCCAAGUUACCAAACAAAUUCCAGUGCAAGACAGACAUUUCCUUUGCUCUCUCCAUAUGAUCACUCAAACUACACCUAGAAAAUCCGCCAGAUUUUAUGUUAUUGAAAAGCACAUCGUACAAUACUCCUUUGAACUACUGAAAAACAGAUGAUUACUCACUUACAAGGCGUGCCCUUCCACUGAGCAACAUGUUUUCUAUCACAAACUCUCCUCUCGCUCUCUCCUUCACAUGCACGUACACACUGUAAAAGUUGUCAGCAACAGGCGUGAGCCAGCACAUUCCCCCACUGGUAGUCGUUUACCUGGCACACGGACAGGCUCCAGAGCCCCUAGAAGGCCUCUCUCAUCCUGGGCCCGGAGUUGAGUUGUCGGCCUGCAGGCCUCUCCCAGCAAGCAGGCUGCUUUUGCAACCGUGGCUGGGAACACGCACGUAGCCUACUCCCUCAACAACUCACUGAGCAGAGCAGAGCAGAGCCAGCAAGGCAGAGACAGCAGGGCAGAGACAGCAGGGCAGAGCCUCGUUCCCAGCUUUCUCACACACGUACAGAGGGAGAGAGCGGGAGGGUGAGAGAGAGAGCGAGAGAGAAGCCAGAGCGACUGGCCUUGUGGAGCUGCAGCACUGGAAUGCAAGCGCCCCCGCCCACAGAGCACCGAACUAGUCAGUCAGUCAGUCAAAAGGGGGCCAAAGAGAGGGGGAGUGAGAUUCCAGAAAAAAAGGAGUGGAAGAAAAAAAAACUACAGAACUUUGUCAAAUAAGCUCCGGCUAGUGCAAAAAUAAAUAAAAAUAAAAACAAAUAAAAAAACUUGGCUCCUCUUCUGUCAUUCUGUGCACACACUCACAUUUCAGCCUCUUCCUGGGGGAGAGAGGGAGGGGCAGUGGACGGAAGAGGGGAGAGGGGGGUAUGCCACAGAAGCAGCAGCAGAGACAGCAAGAUAGAGAGAAGGGGAGGAGAGAGAGAGAGAGAGAAGGGGAGGAGAGAAGGGGAGGAGAGAGAGAGAGAAGGGGAGGAGAGAAGUCAGCCAUUGUGCUUCCGGCUCAGAAGGGGAGGAGCCUGGCAGCC